CCCUCCCCGUGCUCCCGGUCCGGUCCCGGUGUUCAUCCCGUUGAGCCACCCGGUCCGGCCCGGUGGGGACAAAAGAUGAAACCGGCUAUUCGAGCUGCCCUCCCCCGCGUCCUGGGAUCGCUCCCUCCUCUGUCUGCGCAACCUCCCGCGGCGGGAUGGGACCCCCGAGAGAACCGGGUCCGCUGGUGCUGGCAGCGGACGGCGGCCAAACGCCCCGGUUGGAAGCGGCGGCGGCUGUGGUGAAGGAGAGAUGCGGGGCCACAGCACCGGGAGUGGGGCGGGCGGAACCCCCCGGCUCUGGGCGCUGCCCCCGCCGCUCUCCUGCCUCCCGCCGCUGCGGUUUCGAUUUCGGUUCCCGGAAGGAUCGCGCUGAAGCCGCAGCGGCCGCAGGGACUGGACCCGCCGGCGCCGGACACCGGGGAGCAGCGGGGUGGGGGUAGCGCCGAGCACCGUGGCGGGCACCGGCCACCCGCCGCCACUGGGGAUGCAGGGUAAAGCAGCCAUCAGCUCUCCCAGCUCUGUUAUCACAGCUUCGAUACCAGCUCCACUCCAGGCCAGGCACCCACCCACCAGUGAGGGAGAGAUCUUCACACUUCCAGGCAGGCUGAGAAUCCAGCCCUCCCUGUGGAGCAAGGACGACGUGAUCCACUGGCUAAGAUGGGCUGAGACAGAGUUUUCCCUUCGGCCAGCUGAUGAAAGCAAGUUUGAAAUGAACGGCAAAGCCCUGUGCAUCCUCACCAAGGAUGACUUCAGAUAUCGAGCUCCGAGCUCAGGUGAUGUGCUAUACGAAAUACUCCAGUACAUAAAGACUCAACGCAGAGCUCUGGUGUGCAGCCCUUUGCUGAACUCACCCUUCAGAGAAGCCAGGAGCACAGAGAAAGGGACAGGCUGUAGUGCUGAGGCUGCUCCAAUUGCUGUUUCCUCCUGCCUGGGUUGUGCAGAACAGCCCAUGUCCUGCAGCUAUGAAGGGCCACUGAACCUCUCCUAUCACAGCUCAGAGGGCAGCUGCAGGGCAGAUGCCAUCUGCUCUUUUCCUACAACCCUGUCAGCCCCAGUGGAUGGGAGAAUUGCAGACUGCAGGUUGCUGUGGGAUUAUGUGUACCAGCUCCUCUCCGACAGCCGCUAUGAGCCUUACAUCAAGUGGGAAGAUAAGGAAGCCAAGAUCUUCCGGGUUGUGAACCCAAGUGGGCUUGCCCAGCUCUGGGGCAACCACAAGAACCGGAUGAACAUGACAUACGAGAAGAUGUCACGAGCGCUCAGACAUUACUACAAACUCAACAUCAUCAGAAAGGAGCCAGGGCAGAAGCUGUUGUUCAGGUUUUUGAAGACUCCUGGGGAGAUCAUCCAUGAGAAAUCCAGUAAGCUGGAGCAGCUGGAGAGCGAGGACCAGGAAGACUUGAAAGAAGACCCACUAGAGGUUUCACCCUAGGAAGUCAUUGAUGGUGGCACUUGCAGUGCAUCACAGACCUCUGCUCUGCUGGGAUGUGCUGGUGUCUCUGGCAUCUCCUGGGCACAAGGCCACAGAGCUGCUGCUGCAUUUCAAAACCUGCCCUGAGCCAAAGCAGUGACAUCUCUGCUUGCUUCUCUUCUGUCCUUUAGGGAGGAAGCCUGACAUUUUUGCUGUGUAAAUUUGAAUGCUUGUCUUUAAGCUUCAAACUUGCUGGUAAAGACCAUUCUUGAAGCGAGAUGUGCUGAGUAGAGAGCAUUGGAGCACAUGCUUUGGGUUGAGCACCUACCCAAGUGCUUUUGCAGCGAGUGGUGGCCCGGAGCCUGAACACACUGCUCUGGAUCUGAGCCACUUCCCCAGUUUGAGAAUGGACUUCCACUGCAGAAAUUGCAGUCUCACUGUCCUGUGAGGUUGCUCCUGUGGUUAAGGGUGGGAUUGUGCUGAACCAUCUGCUUGGAUCAGGCCUGGCUGGAGCUCCAGGCUGCAUGGAUGCCCUAAGCUGGGUCUCCUUUUAACUCCUUUCCCUCCUUAUAUUGCUGUUUAUAAGUAAUAAUAUAUUGCUGUGAGUAAGUAAUGUGAAGAGAAACACGGCCAGUAAUGAAUACUACUCAUGGUCAGAAAUGUGGUUAUUUGCUUUGAGUCGAAAGCAGGAAUUCCAGCCCCCCCCCAGCACUGUCAGUGCCCUGCGAGGAACAAUCGUGUGUGUGAAAUCCCAAAAUAGCCACUAAUAUUUUCAGAUGGUUUUUCAUUGAGCAAAUAAAACCAUGACUGUUUAAGGUUGAAAA